AACAUAGAACGCCUUCCUACCAUAAUGGCCCAGCAUAAUUGAUAUCUAACUGCUAACAACAAUGUUAACUAGACUAGUCAGUCAUAGACGUAGCGCUUGGGCGGCUACACUUGUCCCUGUUAGGAUUGGCAGUCCAAUGCCGAUGGUGCCGGUAGUCUGUUGGCAAUCGGUGCAGUACUGCCGGUGUGGUGAGAUCGAGACACAUGAUAUAAGGUUGUUUGUCUCAAUUUGUGUGGCGCAUGACGACCGGACGUCUGUUUAUCCUUGCCCAGGGUAUUUGAGGUGCUUGUUAGCGGAGGAGCGCGGUAUAUUUCGCAUGGUUACCGCGCUCAGGUAUCUCCCGCACUGCUCGUAUAUAUAGGAUUGAUGGCGCACGGCCGAUUCUCAGAGGGGUCGGAGAUCGAUCUGAUUAAGUAAGAAAGAUGUGGGAGCUAAGUAUCGUGGCUUGUCUCCAACAAACAAGCCCCUGGUUCUAACUCGUG